AUGACCAUUCACGGCGUGAAGCGGUGGCGGAAGAUGCCGCAGAAGAAUGGAGGAUACAGAGGGGUGAGGAAACGGCCGUGGGGGAGAUGGUCGGCGGAGAUAAGAGACAGGAUAGGGCGGUGCAGGCAUUGGUUAGGAACGUUCGACACGGCGGAAGAGGCGGCGCGUGCGUAUGACGCGGCAGCGAUGAGGCUUAGAGGAACGAAAGCCAAGACCAAUUUCGUGGUUUCUCCGUUCUUUCCGGAGGAGAUAGCUCAGACUCAGUCCUCUACGACGGAGGAGGAUAUGAGGAGGAAGAAGAAGAGGGUGAAUGUGAGGAAGUGUGUUAAAGUCACAUCGGUUGCACAAUUGUUCAGUGAUACCUUAACUUCUUCUAGUCACAAUGGAAAUGUGAUUACUCCUUUUAAUAAUUUUGAAAAAAUGGGCUUUCAUCAGCUUGAUUUGAAGCUGGGGUUAGGAUUCUUUAGUAACUGCUAG